UCCACUGCCAGGAGAGUGUGAUCUGUUGCAUUACGUUCAUAUGGUGUCAAUAGUGUAAACAAUGGUCAAUGCUUGGGUCAAUGUCAUCCGCGUGGAACAGACUAGUGUGGAAAUUUAACUAUCGCAAGAAAAGAAAAUCCAUUUUAGAAACCCAGGGUCGCCGAUCGGUGAACAGAAAGCAAGCAACGGCCCUUAUGCAGUGCCUCGAAUACCUAACUGAAACAUGGAUCACUUGGAACGAGUUUACCGAAAGAUUGAAUCCGGCGACGAAAAGCUACUCAACUACCUGAAUGAAACAUCUGCCCCGAGGGAGUGUGCCAUGGCCAUGCACAGAUUUAUUAGAACAUAUAAAAUCUCUAUCCUGCCAGAGAGGGCUUUGAACUUGCUGUGCGCCAGAAAUGAAGGAAUCUCCAAACGUUUGAUAGCACUGGAUGCGCUGAAUCUCAUUCAGCAUGAGUUAGACGGAGCAAAGCUCCUGUUUGCCCGAGCGUACCUUCAGAUGAUGCAGCAGCUUACUCUGCGAGGUUAUCUUACCCCCAACGAAAUUCGUAUCGUUAUCAGUCCUUAUCUGGCGGUACCGGCCCUUUUCCCCGGACGCAACUCGAUGCAUAACAUCGCCACAAAAUCCGCCACGCUAAUGGAAAUGUUUCUCAUUGCGCACCUACUCGACGAUCCAGCGGCACUGUCGGCGGAGCUUGCACUGGAAACGGCGAAGAUGCUACGACGACGAAGGUCGAAUUUGCCGGUGCAAGCUUCCACCAGUGAAUAAUUUGUGGAAGUGUAUCAAUUUUUGGAAUACAUACAGGCAGCAGGUUUGAAAUUAUACAUAUUUAAACAAAUAAAAUUCUUAUGUGAUGACGCGAGUGUUGUUUGCGAUGUUUUGUUUCUAAAAAGACGUUACGAAACUGUUUGUUACUGGAGCACUUUGAAUUGCAUUGUUCUGAUUAAGUCGUACUUAAGAUAUGUAUCCCAGAGAUAGACGUUUCAUCGAGGCGCAUUUUCUUCUUUUUAUUGGCACGUUAAUUUAAACUGAUAAGAGCCAAUGUUUGAACUGAGUCAUCUGCAUUGGAUGGUUUUUCUCAUUGAGCCUAUCAUUUAAACCGUUCAUUAUUCGGUGUACAACCAGCGUGAAACAAACGUUUUGAAAGAAAAAUGUUCUCUAACCUGUGUUGUUGUGGAAGCCAGAGUUAUAACAUGGAAAGUGUCUCAAUGGAAUCAACAAGUUCGUCAAAAAGUACGGACACCAGGAUUGUUUCAACAACUACGACACAGCCGAUCUUCAAAAAAGUGAAUGCGGAUGCUAUUGCUAAGCAAACGACGGAAAAAGCCAAUGACAGUGGAACUAGUUUAUAGAUUCAUACAAAUACAUAAGACUGAAUUGAUAAUUUCAAAACUUGAACCAUUGUAAGAUGAAGAUAGACGUGAUAGGGUUAUUGAGUGCAUUCAUAUCCUAUUUUCAUCCCACCGGUUUGCACUCCGGACUAAGAAAAGCGUCAGCUGUGAUGAUAAAUUCAUCAAUUGGAGACCGAGAAAUCAAUGAAAUAGUUUGACAUUCUGCAAAAUAGAAUCCAAUUAGGAACCAUCAACCUACGAACGAUGCCAUCAUAACUUAUUUCGAUUUGAUUGAAACUCUAUCCAUGCCGAGCGUAAAAUAUCCAACAGGGAUGACCCAUAUCUACAGACUAGAGCAAUGAGUAAGCCAAUGAUAUCAUUUGUCAUCAAAUGAGCAAUGCUUUCGUUAUCAAUAAAGCCGAAUAAAGCGAGCUUUGUAUUAUAUCUAUCUACGUACAAAUGUGUCACGAAGUAUUUCUUUGAACUCGCCCGCUCACUGUAUUACUACAAAUGACAUACACAUAAUGCCUACCAUUGUUAGUCAAAUUGUUUACAGUAGAGGUAUAUUUCAUAUCAAAAUAAUACAAGCGAUUCGCAACCAUGGAUUUGAUCGGAAGGCUAACGGUGUAGUGGUCUCUUACCGGUAGCAUAGCAAAUCGAGGAUGCUUACAAUCUUCAAAUUUAGAUUUAAAGUUGUUUUAAAAAAUGUAUAACAAGACGGUUCCAAUGAUAGGUUUGAAUCUUUUAUUUUAAGACAUCUUAUAAACUCGUUUGGGUAUUGAGCACAGCCAUUCACCCUUUAUGUUUUUUCUAUAAAUUUUUCAAAUGUUCUUAAUUAA